AUGGGUGGUGUGGUGUUGGGGGGGGGGGGAUGGGGGGGGGUUGUUUUGGGGGGGGGGGGGGGGGGGGGGGGGGGGGGGGGGGGGGGGGGGGGGGGGGGGGGGGGGGGGGGGGGGGGGGGGGGGGGGGGGGGGGGGGGGGGGGGGGGGGGGGGGGGUGGGGGGGGGGGGGGGGGGGGGGGGGGGGGGGGGGGGGGGGGGGGGGGGGGGGGGGUGGGGGGGGGGGGGGGGGGUUUGUUGGGAGAAGUGUGUGUGAGGCUGAUGAGUAUUAAAUAG